AUGGCUCGCUUCUUGCUCCUCGCCCUCGUUGCGGGCACUUUUUCCCGCGAUUGCCGUCCCCGUCCCCCUAUCAACGAUGACACGCCGAUUAAGGACGGCGACUUUGAGGGUGGUAGAAACCCUUUUACAACCUCUGGCGACGAUGAAGUCGGAGGCCAUAUCGUCUCUCCCGGAUACGACUCGGAACACAAGUUUCAAUCUUACAACAUGAUCGACAACAACCUGCUCGAAAUGUACCAAGACGUCUACACUUCAGGAGGCGUCACCUACACUUGCACCUACAACUGGUACUUUGACAACUACUACGAGACCACAUACAAGAACGGGAGAACUUAUGUUCCCUACCUCCGAUUCUAUCACAACAACGAUUUGGUUGGCAACCGCUAUCCGACGGGAGAGUCGCAGGUGGGCCACUGGUUGUCUGGCAGCUUUACCUUCACUACGUCGGAGGGGGGAUGGGAUCGUAUCUGGAUCGAUGCUGCGAGUCCACAGCCGCCUACCGGAGAGGGCUCCGGUGACAAUGCCCUUUCGAUAGACAACAUUCAGUGUUUCAGGCAAUAA